UUGGGGUGCGAGUGCGAGUUUUUUGUUUAUUUAUUUCCAAUGUACAAAAUUAUAAAGCAAUAGAGAUUUUUUUGUAAAAUGAGUGAUUUUGAGAAGGCUACAGAGGCGGCGUCCCUAGCAGUCUCUUUCGACCAGGUUGGAGAUGUAGACAAAGCGGUAGAAUGUUACAGAACUUCAGCAUACCACCUCGGCAAGGUUUGCGAUAAUUUGCUUCAGACCCCACAAAGGCAAGCAGCGCUUCGGGAAAAGAUUGAGGAAUAUCAGAACAGGGCCAACACUUUGCAGGAACAAAAAGCCCAGCGCGAGCGAAGCAAUGAUGAGGCAGAGUACUGCUACAAAUUGAUAAGUCAAGCCCUAGCAGCUGAUGAGGCAAAUUAUGAAAAAUUAGCAUUCCAGAUUUACACACAUGCCGUUGAAGAGGCUGUUAUUUCCAAAAGCAUCGAACCGGGUGUCAAAUCGAAAUUAAAUAGUGUAGCAUUAAAAGCUUUGGAGAGAGCUGAGGAGUUAAAGGACAAAUUAAAAUUGGCCCCAUUGUCUGUUAGUGACUCCAAAUUACCUGCCAUAGUAUUGCCACUACCAAUCGAACGAGACAUAAGAAGCGAGAGUGACCCUCUGACGGUGACUGGCAAACAAGAUUACUCGGAAGAGGAGAAAGAAGUGUUGCGUUUGACGUCAAAUAUAAACAACAACUGUUUCCUGCCGUUCAUGGAUAUAGAUUUGAAAGAGAAUUUCCACUACCCUCUGCCGUUUGAGGAUAGGGCGAGUGAACUGAAGCUGUCAUCCAAGCAGCAGAGGGAGUUCGAUCGAUGGGUUCGCCCGCACGAGGUCUGCAUUAACCCUAAACUAAUUGUUGGAGAUUAUGUCGACUGCUUCAGUAUUAAACAGACUAUAGUCUCGGACUGCUCUUUUGUUGCCUCUCUAGCGGUUAGCGCGCAAUUCGAGAGGCGUUUCAACCAGAAGAUCAUAACCUCAUCCAUUUACCCGGUGGACAGAAACAAGAAGCCCGUAUACAACCCCUCCGGCAAGUACAUGGUGAAGUUAUACCUUAAUGGCGUUAGGAGGAAGAUAAUAAUCGACGACCGGCUCCCCUACAGUAAAAGUGGGAAGUUGUUAUGUUCAUAUUCCAGUAACAAGGAUGAGUUCUGGGUCUCUCUCCUUGAGAAGGCGUACAUGAAAGUUAUGGGAGGUUACGAUUUCCCCGGAUCCAACAGUAAUAUAGAUCUACACGCGCUGACCGGUUGGAUACCCGAGAGGUGUUCCAUCCGGGAAGGCGAAGCGGACUUCAACGCGGACGCACUGUUCGAGACUAUUCUCAUCAAGCUGGCGCGCGGGUUGUUACUGGCAACGGUGGCCACGGGACCUCUGGAGGACGCAGAAGCGGAGCGCACGGGACUCGUGGCCUCGCACGCGUAUGCUGUUCUAGACGUGCGGUUUUUUAAUGGUGCGAAACUGCUGAAACUCAAGAACCCCUGGUCGCACGUGCGCUGGCGCGGCAACUACAGCGAGUUGGACACCGUGCACUGGACGCCGGAGUUGCGUGAGAAGCUAAGCUACGACCCCGACACGGCGGCGCAGCACGACAACGGUGUGUUCUGGAUCGACUACGCGAGCAUACUGAAGUUCUUCGACGUGUUCUACCUGAACUGGAACCCCGAUCAGUUCCACGGCACGUACUGCAUACACCAGAAAUGGGACGCCGGAAAUGGUCCGGUGAAAGACGCUUACAACAUCGGUGAAAACCCCCAGUUCACAUUGCACCUGCGUGACCAGGGCGAAGUGUGGCUGCUCCUCACACGACACAUCACAGACCUCGAUGACUUCCGAGACAACAAAGAGUAUAUCACGCUGCGGGUGUAUAAAGGCGGGAAUAGAAUAUACUAUCCAUAUGACCCGCCCCCCUUCAUAGACGGCGUACGUAUAAACAGCCCGCACUACAUGUGCAAACUGGCAGUGGGUCCGAACAGCUACCGAAAAUAUACGCUUGUCGUCUCGCAAUACGAGAAAAGCCGAACGAUCUUCUACACGCUCCGAGCGUACUCUACCUGCUCAUUCACGAUGGAGAAAAUCGAACCGUAUCCGUACUCCAAAACGUUACAUGGCGCGUGGUCGGGUAAAUCCGCGGGCGGUUGCGAGAACAAUCGGGAAACGUACGCCAACAACCCGAAGUUCGCGGUGAAAGUGCCCGUUUCACGCUACCCGUGCCACUUGGUGGUGCUACUAAAGGGGCCCAAGGAGUACCAGAUGGGCCUGGACUGUCGGAUCGAGUCUUUGGACGAUCCCAAUGUCACCGCACCUUUUCACAAGGCGACUUCCGGCCCUUACAGAUCUGGUUUCGUAGUGAUCGAACUGCCCAACCUCCCAGCUGGGAAGUACGUAGUGAGUCCCUCAACGUUCUAUCCCGCCCAGGAAGGGCCAUUUUUCCUGGAACUCAAGGCCACUUUUGUGAUCAACUGCGAGGUCCGCUAAAUGUGCGCUGGUAGGAGAAAGGUAGACGAUUGUCUUCUUAAAAGUCAUAAAAAAUAGUAUUUUAAUCCAAGAAGAUAGGUUACUAAAGAGUCCACGUAUAUACCUUUGGCCACUAUCAACGUUUUUUCGACGUCUGCUCAGCAUUGACGAGACGUUAACGUUGCGCAUCCGUUGAACGCAAUGACGAUUUCGCGACCAUGCUGCCAUUUCAGGCGUACAAUAGCAGACAACAUUUUGGCUUUGCUACUUUAAAGAAAAUUACGUAUAAGAAAUAAUCAUUGUUCAUUUUGGGAAAAUCCUUUAUGGUCCAAUCGUUUACAAGAAGUGUUAUUUUGUCCUGUACUGUUAUAAACUUAAAUCAUAUUUCCUUUCUCUUUUAAUAUGAGUGGACGGUUUGGGCACCCAGUUAAACCUGACUCUUUUUUUUUCUUGUGGUAAAAUAUUAUUUCACCAAAAAUUUAAUGUUUCAAAUCAUUAAUUUAUUAAAAAAAAAUUGUAAUCAAUAUAAAGAGUCUGAAUUUAAGCACAGAGCAGGACGGAGUGAUUGCACUUGUUAUCAGUAAACGCAAUGUUAACGUUUCGUUGACGCCACGUUAACGCGACUUUAACGUUGUGAAAUAACAGCACGAACGCUUACCACUUGAGACUCGACGUCGACGUCGCGUCUGUGCGACGUUGAAUAAACACUUACGGUUCAGUAACGUUGGUUGGUUAGGGGCCUGAGACAGGAGUUUUCUGAAGAGUUGUUUGUGUUCUUAUUUUUGUCUUAUUCAAGCUAUAUUUUUGUAAACUUGCACUAUAAUAUUAUAAUCGGGAAUAACAAGGUAUAGGUUACUAAAAAACUAGAUUGUUUUAUGUUAAUACAGUCUAUUAGUUUUAUUAUGUAAAGACAUUAAUUUAUCAUU